AUGGGGGGCCAUGUAGUAUUUUCACAUUACGAGUAUUUCGACGCCACCCUUGACAGUGUCAUUAAGGAGUGGAAUUGGAAACAAAGAGGUGCGUAUACAUUCAUGAAGGGAUCUGACGACAAACGCAGAUUUAUUCCGUACCCGGUGCAAAAUUACAUCGAGGUGAUGGACAAAGUUGACCAAGAGAAAAUCCUCGCAGGCCUCGAAGAGGUCGCUAAACAUCCAGUCAAAGAAAAACCCGCCAAUUUUGACCAAUGGCUUCUACGCAACUUUGGUAUCGGUCUCUGUGAGGUUUUCAUGAGAAAAUACAACAGGAAAGUUUGGACCGUGAAUACUACGGAAAUGAACUCUGACUGGGUGAAUGAGCGAGUUGCUGUUCCAGAUAUUGCUAAAAUCAAGCGAAAGAUCGCAGAGCACGUCGAUGGAACUUCCACGAGAGGCUUUGGGUGGGGACCAAAUAACAUUUUCCGCUUUCCAAGGUACAAUGGAACUGGGGGCAUAUGGCAGGCAGUUGCUAAUAGCCUUCCCCGUAAGUGGUUUAGGUACAAUCACACAGUGACUGACAUAGAUAUUAACUCAAUGACUGUCACUGUUAAGUUGGGAACUGGAAGCAAUAACUCCAUUCACAAAAUGAAGUACGCUUCACUGAUAUCAACUGCACCACUCGACUUGUUAGUUAUGAAUAUGAUAAAAGGAAGAGAUGGAUAUUUACAGGAGAUGAGAAAACUAGCAUCUCAGUUGGUUUAUUCGCGCACACAUGUGAUAGGAAUUGGACUAACAGGUCAACCUCCUUCGAUGUUAGCAAAUAUGACCUGGAUAUAUUUCCCUGAUUCUGACUCGCCAUUCUACAGAGUAACAGUGUUCUCAAAUUACGCAGACGGUCACGUUCCAAAGCCUGGUCAACAGUGGUCCCUCAUGUGCGAGAUAGCGGAGCCAAAACAUAACUCCAGCCCUGAAAAGUGGACAAAACGGCAUUUAAUUCAAAGUACCAUUCAAGCGCUAAUCGCCUACGGAUUUGUUAAAUCCCCAAAAAUGAUCGUUUCAAAGUAUUACCGGCGGCUUGGUCAUGGAUACCCAGUUCCUUCCAUCGACAGAGAAAUGAUUCUUGAAAAAAUGCAACUUUGGUUGCAAUCCAAGAACAUUUACUCCCGCGGUCGGUUCGGCGGCUGGCGGUACGAGGUUUCAAAUCAGGACCACUCGUUCAUGCAGGGAGGGGAAGUCAUAGACAAGCUGUUAAAAGGAAUCCCGGAAGUAACCUACUUUUAUCCAAAGCUGGUUAAUUCUAGGAGAAAUACCGAUAGAGUUUUAAGAAAGAGUGUGAUGGAGUAUGAAAUUGUAAUCGCGCACUACAACGAAAAACUCACUUGGCUUGUACCGAUAGCCAAUCACAGCUAUGUAUACCAUAAGGGAAACAAGUCGCGCCCUCCACCUUUACAUCUGAACGCUUGGGAAAAAUUACCAAAUGUUGGAAGAGAGAGUCACACUUACCUCUACCACAUUAUAAAACACUAUGAAAAGUUGCCUGACAUCACCGUUUUCAUGCAGGGCGAAGGGCCCUCUGAGUAUUGCUUUGAAACUUUAAAUGAAAUUCUUAAUAAAGCGAGAAAUAAUAUUCCUUGUAAGCUGCGUGGAAUGGAUGACAACUGGGGGUUAAUAAGGCACAGAGGCAAAUGGCUUGUGGAGAAAAUCAGCGGACAAAUGCGUCCUUCUAAUUUCACAUUUGGAGAAUUUUUUCAAGAGCUGUUUUACUCUCCACACCCGGAGAACUAUGCCUAUUGCCUCAAAGCAUGUAUCGCUGCAACUCGAGAAAUGAUCCAAAAGCAUCCAAUUGAUUUCUAUAGGAAAGCCAUCUCCUUCGUUGACGAUCAUGUAAAUCCAGAGGAAGGGCACUAUUUUGAAAGACUUUGGCAUACUAUAUUCUCCACGUAUUGAAUUACAGUGGUGGUAGUCGCUUUUACCGUAAAGUACUUUAAAUACCGUAUUUAUUCGAUUAAACGCCACGGCGUUUAUUAAAUUUUUUAGCGUUUCCUUGUAAAUCGUUUGUAAAUAUUAUGUAAUUUAACGGUUCCAAUGUCUCCAUUAUUUUGCUGGGAUAGAACGGUAAAUGUUUGGAUGAUGUAAAUUAUCAAGUUGUACCGAGGUUUUUCUUAUUAUCCUCGAGUAAACGUCGCAUUCUUUUGAUUAGGCGCGGAGUUUACUGGUAAUUUUGUUUCCAUCUGCGGCGUUUGAUCGAGGGCCGCGUAUAUUCGAGGGCGGCCUUUAAUCGAAUAAAUACUAACAGUAGUUUCCUCUGGUUCUGUUGUAUCUAUACCUGGUUAUGUCGUGUUUUUAUGUUUUUCGGUUUUCAAGUAUAACAGAAUCAGGUUUUCAGUUUCUCAAAUUUCUACAUGAUCAAUGAAAAGGGUCGAAAAUAAUUCUCGUGGAUAAAACUGCAUGAAAUUACUUUGUUUUUUGUAGAUACAAUAGAUAGAAAAGAAUACUGAAGUGAAGGGGAAAACUGGUGACGUGAUACACAAACUUUGCCGUUUCUUGCCUCUCAACUUUCUGGUUAUGCGACCAACGCUAUUGGAUUCAACAUUCUCACAUCCACCUGAAUACGCCUUGUUUACCUCCCGCAACAUUUUGCAUAGCCAUUGUUUUCAGUUUCUCCUGGGCAUCGUUGUUUCUCAAGAGAAACUGAAUUAAUGAUUACUAAAAAUUUGGGGGGGAUACGCAAGGUGUAUUAUGGUUAAUGUGAAAAACGGUGAAUGAAUUACCAUAAAACCAACGGUACUACAGUCCACCUUGAAUUUUUUCGGCUGAUUGUGUUCGAACAUGAGCUUAAAAGUAGUGAUCUUUUUUAGUGUAGUGUUAGGACUUGGCUUUCUAUAUUUCUGUGGAAAAUGGACGAAGAAAUACGACAGGCAGCAGCCAUAUCACUUCGGUAAGUUUGACUUCCGCACUGUCAGUUGAAUGACUUGCAUCUGAUCAGACUUCGUGAUUCAAGCUUUCUCAAGUUCAUUUUAUUUUUCGAAAAAUCUUAAAUCUUUUAAAUUGCUAGAUAAACUGGAACAAGGAAAACGCAUAUUUAUUUGCUCCGUACCUCUUGCUCCGUACGUAUGAUCUUUCACAAUACAAGAUAGGAAAGUGGGAUUUCCCAAAAAAACCAGUUGAUAAGUUGUGUAUUUGAUAUACUAUUAGAUUUUUAUCAUUUUUCCUGUGAUUUGAAUUUUCUAUAUGGGUAAAAAUUUUGCAAAGACAUAAUUUCAGAACUGUUUUUUUUUUUUACAAUUGCGAAAAACGCGAAAGUAAUACCAAGGUAUGUAAAUAUAUCAACAGGCCUCAAAGUUAAGUUUUACGUGUUUGACAAGUUCGUCAAAACCUUGUUCGAAUUUUACCAAAAUGUUCUCUUUCGGCGCUGUGGAUCGUACAAUUUUUACGGAUAUGGACCGCUUUAGAUUGCAUGUUUUGUUUUACCAUUGUAGGUUUCAUUGAAAUUUCACCGUAUUUCCGUGAAUAUACGGGUAUGCAUAAUUUAUGAACAAACAAAAGGGGGAAUUCCCGAGACCUCCAUUGGGAAAACGAAAGAUACAAGCUUAAGCUUGGAGAUCUAUGGCAAGAUUUCACAAAUUAACGAGUUUUCGUCUAAGCCCUCUGCGAAUUUUAGGGAAUUUUUACCAUUUAUGUAAACUGCAACACAUCCUUAGAUUCAGUUUAAGCGAACGACGGCGUUUCAGUGUCCCUUACACACAAGAUGACAUCAUAUCAACAACUACGGUAUGUUAAUUUCCACUGCACAGAAGAUGACAUGUCAAUAACUAGUUUUGCACCAACAAACACAUGAAUAUGUCUCGUUCUAGAAGUCAAGCACCCCUUACAAUCUCGAGUAUACACCAAAAAGAUGCAUGGUAGCGUGUGGACUUCGAUCCUCAUUCUAUUAACGUAUUACUACGUGUCAAUUUCGAUUCCAACAAGCUUCAAGAAUGACAAAGGAUAAGUAACACAAAAAAUCACUAGGAAACCAUCAAAACAUGACGCGAAUAUUUAUCGUUUACACUGUAGUAAGACAAGCACUGGAAAAACACGACAUGAAAGAAGAAAAACAUGCCAUGACAUUCGUCGCUCUAAAGGGCAAUUAUAAAGUAGACAAUCUUUACAAGAACAAGAAGUAACUUUUUUCGUUCUGAACGCGAAGUUUCUUUUGCUAUAUCAACUUAUAAAACGGGCACAUUCUUUUUAAAUUACUUUAGAUCGACCCAGUUACAUAUAGAAUGCUUUUCCUCAACCUGCAAAAUACUCUAAUCUCUCUAAUCGAUUUUUGUAAUGUUUAAACACAAACAGCUGCGUUUUAUCACAGGUGGAAGAGAGAGUCACACUUACCUCUACCACAUUAUAAAACACUAUGAAAAGUUGCCUGACAUCACCGUUUUCAUGCAGGGCGAAGGGCCCUCUGAGUAUUGCUUUGAAACUUUAAAUGAAAUUCUUAAUAAAGCGAGAAAUAAUAUUCCUUGUAAGCUGCGUGGAAUGGAUGACAACUGGGCGUUAAUAAGGCACAGGGGCAAAUGGCUUGUGGAGAAAAUCAGCGGACAAAUGCGUCCUUCUAAUUUCACAUUUGGAGAAUUUUUUCAAGAGCUGUUUUACUCUCCACACCCGAAGAACUAUACCUAUUGCCUCAAAGCAUGUAUCGCUGCAACUCGAGAAAUGAUCCAAAAGCAUCCAAUUGAUUUCUAUAGGAAAGCCAUCUCCUUCGUUGACGAUCAUGUAAAUCCAGAGGAAGGGCACUAUUUUGAAAGACUUUGGCAUACUAUAUUCUCCACGUAUUGAAUUACAGUGGUGGUAGUCGCUUUUACCGUAAAGUACUUUAAAUACCGUAUCUAUUCGAUUAAACGCCACGGCGUUUAUUAAAUUUUUUAGCGUUUCCUUGUAAAUCGUUUGUAAAUAUUAUGUAAUUUAACGGUUCCAAUGUCUCCAUUAUUUUGCUGGGAUAGAACGGUAAAUGUUUGGAUGAUGUAAAUUAUCAAGUUGUACCGAGGUUUUUCUUAUUAUCCUCGAGUAAACGCCGCAUUCUUUUGAUUAGGUGCGGAGUUUAUUGGUAAUUUUGUUUCCAUCUGCGGCGUUUGAUCGAGGGCCGCGUAUAUUCGAGGACGGCGUUUAAUCGAAUAAAUACUAACAGUAGUUUCCUCUGGUUCUGUUGUAUCUAUACCUGGUUAUGUCGUGUUUUUAUGUUUUUCGGUUUUCAAGUAUAACAGAAUCAGGUUUUCAGUUUCUCAAAUUUCUACAUGAUCAAUGAAAAGGGUCGAAAAUAAUUCUCGUGGAUAAAACUGCAUGAAAUUACUUUGUUUUUUGUAGAUACAAUAGAUAGAAAAGAAUACUGAAGUGAAGGGGGAAACUGGUGACGUGAUACACAAACUUUGCCGUUUCUUGCCUCUCAACUUUCUGGUUAUGCGACCAACGCCAUGGGAUUCAACAUUCUCACAUCCACCUGAAUACGCCUUGUUUACCUCCCGCAACAUUUUGCAUAGCCAUUGUUUUCAGUUUCUCCUGGGCAUCGUGCCGUCUCAAGAGAAACUGAAUUAAUGUUUACAUAAAAUUUGGGGGGAUAAGCCAGGUGUAUUAUGGUUAAUGCAAAAAACGGUGAAUGAAUUACCAUAAAAUCAACAGUACUACAGUCCAAAAGGUUGAGUUUGAUCGUCCACAGUCCACCUUGGAUUUUUUCGGCUGAUUGUAUUCGAACAUGAGCUUAAAAGUAGUGAUCUUUUUUAGUGUAGUCUUAGCACUUGGCUUUCUAUAUUUCUGUGGAAAAUGGACGAAGAAAUACGACAGGCAGCAGCCAUAUUACUUCGGUAAGUUUGACUUCCGCACUGUCAAUUGAAUGACUUGCAUCUGAUCAGACGUCGGAUUGUUUAAAUUAGCAAAGUUGCUUAAAAUGAUUUGUUGGCUUAUCAUAUAUAUUUUUUGUUGCUCUCAUGUCCAAGACUGACCGAUGCAAAAGUUGCAAGGUUAGGAAUUUUUUGGGAUGGCCUAGGCAAAAAUGAAUAAUAUUAUCUUCGCGAUUUUAAUAGAAAAAUGUGAAAAAUAGGCAUUCUUUCGUGAUUCAAGCUUUCUCAAGUUCAUUUUAUUUUUCGGAAAAUCUUAAAUCUUUUAAAUUGCUAGAUAAACUGGAACAAGGAAAACGCCUAUUUAUCUGCUCCGUACGUAUGAUCUUUCACAACGCAAGAUACGAAAGUGGGAUUUCCCAGAAAAACUAGUUGACAAUUUACGUAUUUGACGAAACAUAUUCUGUAUAUGCUGUUGCUAUUAGAUUUUUAUCAUUUUUCCUAUGAUUUGAAUUUUCUAUAUGCGUAAAAAUUUUGCAAAGACAUAAUUUCAGAACUGUUUUUUUUACAAUUGCGAAAAACGCGAAAGUAACCAAGGUAUGUAAAUAUAGCAACACGCCUCAAAUUUAAGAUUUACAUGUUUGACAAGUUCGUCAAAACCUAGUUCGAAUUUGACAAAAAUGUUCUCUUUCGGCGCUGUGGAUCGUACAAUUUUUACGGAAAUAGACCUCUUUAGCUUGUAUGUUUUGUUUUACCAAUGUAGGUUUCCUUGAAAUUUAGCCAUAUUUCCGUGAAAAUACGGGUAUGCAUAACUUUUGAACAGACAAAGGGGGGAAUUCCCGAGACCUCCAUUGGGAAAACGAAAGAUACAAGUUUAAGCUUGGAGAUCUAUGGCAAGAUUUUACAAAUUAACGAUUUUUCGUCUACGCCCUCUGCGAAUUUUACGGAAUUUUUUUUAUCAUUUGUGAUGUAAACUGCAACAAACCCUUAGAUUCAGUUUAAGCGAACGACGGCGUUUCAGUGUCCCUUACACACAAGAUGACAUCAUAUCAACAACUACGGUGUGUUAAUUUCCACUGCACAGAAGAUGACAUGUCAAUAACUAGUUGGCACCAACAGAAACACGAAUAUGUCUCGUUCUAUAAGUCAAGUACCCCUUACAAUUUCGAGUAUACACCAAAAAGAUGCAUGGUAGCGUGUGGACUUCGAUCCUCGUUCUAUUAACGUAUUACUACGUGUCAAUAGACCUUGUAACGGUUUUCGACGCCAUCUUGACGAGUAGGCAAACUUGUGAGAAAAUACAGUGUUUGUAUGAGAAUCUAAUGUCGAAUAAUCUCCGUAAAACGGCUGUUCUGAAAAAAAUAUCAAUUGUUAACUAAAGCUACAAAGCAAAGGAUUGUUCUAAAAAAUUUGGGGGCGUACCUGUGCUUAAAUUUCUCCAGAGGCUUGCUUUAGAUUUUCCAUAUAUUUGUCUGUAAUUUUCCCGGGACUUUCUUACAGACAAAUGUAUAGAAAUUUUAAAAAGAGUUUCUAGGUCAUCUAGUGCAUGUAACGCCCUCAAUUUUUCUCAGGAGAAUCCUUAGGAGUGAAGCUUUAGUUUACAAAUCAUAUAUUUUUUUUAGAAUAGUCGUUCUACGGAAAUUAUUCGACAUUAGAUUCCCAUACAAUCACUGUAAUUUCUGACGCGUUUGCCUACUCGUCAAGAUGGCGUCGAAAAUCGUUGCAAGGUCUAUUUCGAUUCCAACAAGCUUCAAGAAUGAUAAAGGAUAAGUAACACAAAAAAUUACAAGGAAUCCAUCAAAAUAUGACGCGAAUAUUUAUCGUUUACACUGUAGUAAGACAAGCACUGGAAAAACACGACAUGAAAGAAGAAAAACAUGCCAUGACAUUCGCCGCUGUAAAGGGCAAUUAAGUAGACAAUGGCCGUUUUUAUCCUAGAGACGUUAAAGUCGUCUAGACGCAUUUAACGUCUGAGACGUUAAAGUCGUCUGUUAAGUGCGUCGUUCGGACGCACUUAACAGAAGACGUUAUAAAGUCUGAGACGUCGUCUGAGACGUUAAAGUCGUCUGCCUUAUUUACCGUUUUUAUACUAGACGUUAAAGUCGUCUUAAAACGACUUUAACGUCUCAGAUGACUUUAACCUCUCUAGCAUAAAAACGGUCAAUCUUUACAAGAACAAGAAGUAACUUUUUUCGUUCUGAACGCGAAGUUUCUUUUGCUAUAUCAACUUAUAAAACGUGUACAUUCUUUUUCAAUUACUUUAGAUCUACCCAGUUACAUAUAGAAUGCUUUUCCUCAACCUGCAAAAUACUCUAAUCUCUCUACUCGAUUUUUGUAAUGUUUAAACACAAACAGCAGCGUUUUAUCACUGGUUAAAAAUUCGAGGGCGAACUGUUCCAAUCCUUUGAUUAAACCACAGCGAAUCCAGACUGAAAACAGCCUACUCGAAGACAAAUUUUAAGGAUUUGUGUAAGGAUGUAUCGUAAAAUCGAUAAAACGGUUAAAAUGCACAUGAAAUUAAACAGCCAUUAAAAUGUACAUACCUCGUGAAAAAAGUUGCGUCUGUGUUGUUUUGUUACUGCUUACGGCUCCAAAAAUUAGUCUGCGGUCUUUCAAAAGACUGUUGAUUGUUAGCUCAAAUGGCGUCAGCUUAUUCCCCAUUAAUUAUACUUUACAGAUCGAGUUGGGUCCCGGCGUAAACAAAAAACAUAUAGUAGCAGUAAAUUCCCUAUCAUCAUCAUCGGUUCAGGCCCAACAGCUUUAGGAGCCGCUCAACGUCUAUAUGAAUCAAAAGACGAGUUUCCAAACAUAUCAGUGAUCAUUCUGGAACAAAGUGCAAAGCCUGGGGGACUCGCGUCUUCUGAACGAGACGAACAAGGUUUCCUCUGGGACAUGGGGGGCCACGUAGUAUUUUCACAUUACGAGUAUUUCCACGCCACCCUUGACAGUGUCAUUAAGGAGUGGAAUUGGAUACAACGAGGUGCAUAUACAUUCAUGAAGGGAUCUGACGACAAACGCAGAUUUAUUCCGUACCCAGUGCAGAAUUAUGUCGAGGUGAUGGCCAAAGUGGACCAACAGAAAAUUCUGGCAGGCCUCGAAGAAGUCGCUAAACAUCCAGUGAAAGAAAAACCCGCAAAUUUUGACCAGUGGCUUCUACGCAACUUUGGUAUCGGUCUCUGUGAGGUGUUCAUGAGAAAAUACAACAGGAAAGUUUGGACCGUGAAUACCACGGAAAUGAACUCUGACUGGGUGAAUGAGCGAGUUGCUGUUCCAGAUGUUGCUAAAAUCAAGCGAAAGAUCGCAGAGCACGUCGAUGGAACUACCACGAGAGACUUGGGAUGGGGACCAAAUAAAGUGUUUCGAUUUCCAAGGUACAAUGGAACAGGGGGCAUAUGGCAGGCAGUUGCUGAUAGCCUUCCCCGUGAGUGGUUUAGGUACAAUCACACCGUGACUGGCAUAGAUAUUAACUCAAUGACUGUCACUGUUAAGUUGGGAACCGAAAGCAAUAACACCAUUUACAAAAUGAAGUACGCUUCACUGAUAUCAACUGCACCACUCGACUUAUUGGUUAUUGAUAUGAUAAAAGGAAGAGAUGGAUAUUUACAGGAGAUCAGAAAACUAGCAUCUCAGUUAGUUUAUUCGCGCACACAUGUGAUAGGAAUUGGACUAACAGGUCAACCUCCUUCGAUGCUAGCAAACAUGACCUGGAUAUAUUUCCCUGAUUCUGACUCGCCAUUCUACAGAGUAACAGUGUUUUCAAGUUACGCAGAGGGUCACGUGUCAAAGCCUGGUCAACAGUGGUCCCUCAUGUUCGAGAUAGCGGAGCCAAAACAUAACUCCAGCCCUGAAAAGUGGACAAAACGGCAUUUAAUUCAAAGUACCAUUCAAGCGCUAAUCGCCUACGGAUUUGUUAAAUCACCGAAAAUGAUCGUUUCAAAGUAUUACCGGCGGCUUGGUCAUGGAUACCCGGUUCCUUCGAUCGCCAGGGAAAUGAUUCUUGAAAACGUCCAACCUUGGUUGCAAUCCAAGAACAUUUACUCCCGCGGUCGGUUCGGCGGCUGGCGGUACGAGGUUUCAAGUCAGGACCACUCGUUCAUGCAGGGAGUGGAAGUCAUAGACAAGCUGUUAAAAGGAAUCCCGGAAGUAACCUACUUUUAUCCAAAGCUGGUUAAUUCUAAGAGAAAUACCGAUCGAAUUUGGAGAAAAAGUUUGCAUGCUGAACUUUGA